UCGGUCACGUGGGUGCGUCAGAAGCUGCGCCAGGACGCACAGGCGAGGCGGGGGGGAUGACGUAGUGCUGACGCCGUGCCCGCAGCUCGUAGAGUUUGCGAGGUUGUUCGGUUGUUUCGGGCGAUGGAGGGUGAGGUGUCGGAGUUCCUGAGGCAGAACCGAGAAACGGCGGCAUGGCUGGAAGGGGUGCGAGGGGUGUGUGAGUCGGACAAGCUAUGGCUGUGCCGGAGAGAGUUCAUUCUGCGGAACCUGGAGGACUUCUGCGGGCCCGGGCAGCCGCCACCACCACCCGACUCCAACCACCGGGGGCUGGACCGGCUCCUCGCCUACUCCAUGGUGUGGGUCAACCAUGUCUUCACCGGGUGCCGCUAUCCGCCUCUUGUAAUGGAAAAAGCUCUUAAAAUGGCUGAAAGUAUAAAAGUCUCUGAUGCACCUGUCCAUACAACUCGUGAUGAACUGGUUUCCAAGGUGAAGAAAAGAGGGAUUACAAGUAGCAAUGAAGGGCUGAGCGAGGAGCCUUUGAAGAAAAGAUCUACAGAUGAUACUUCUACAACAGAAGCAGGUUGUACCAACCUUACUGAAGACUUGAAUUCAUCGACCAAUGUAGGUUGGAAGGUUGAUCAUUGCCAAGAGGUGCAACAGACAGACACGGGCCCUGGCAGCUGUGCUGCACCUGAGCAAUGCAGUGUCAGCAAUGAAUCUAAUCGGAAAAUGGUGAAAGAUGGAUUACAGAUUAGCAUGUCUACUACUACUGUGAAACCCCCCCGCAGACCCACCGAUGGGGAAAUUAAGGAACGACAGUCCUUCUUUAACAAACUCUAUAAAAGAGUUGCUUGGAAGUUGGUGUCUGUUGGUGGGUUUAAUCCAAACCAUGAUUAUACAGAAGUACUUGAUGAAUGUAUUAAAACUUUAAAAUCCACACUGGACAUUGCUUUUGUGCCACUGAAAGACCUGGCAGAAUUGCCUCAAAACAAAACUUCUCAGGAAAACAUGGUGUGUGAACUGAGAUGCCAGGCUGUUUACAUUGGCAUGGGUUGUGGGAAAACAAGAGCGAGUGCCCAAGCCGUAGCAUCUAGAGAAGCAAUAAAACUUUUUCAGAAGAAAAAAUUAGUGGUGAAGAUUUGUAAGAGGAAGUUCAGCGGUCGUGAGGUUGAAGAUUUGGUUCUGUUGGAUGAUGAGUGUCGUGCCCCACAGUUGCCUCCAGCGUUACAAAACCCCCAGGAUCUUCUAUGAGGCACUUUAUUAUCCAAACUCCGAAAUGCAGAGUUCUAAUGCUUUACAAUUUAUAUGUUACAAGAAUACUUUUUCAGAUAUUUUGUAUUUCUGUUUUAAUAUGAAAAUGUCAUCUCUCUUCACAAAGUAACAGCUUUUUUUUCUACUUGCUUAGAAUCAUUGGGGAUAAUUUAAUUUGUGGUUUUAUGUGUAUAAAAAUCAUUUUUAAAUUAAUUUAACAGUUUGCCUUUAACAUGUCACCUAUUGCAGUCCCAAAAACAUUAGUGGGUUUGUAUGUUUACCUUUCUAUACAAAAAUAGAAUAAAGAUUUAAAAAUAUAAUUACACUUAUUACCUACCCCAUUUAUCAGGUUCCCAAACCUGUUCAACUGUGAGUUUUAUUUCUGUCUCCAAAAGAUCCUGAGUAAGCUUUCUAGGGCUAUGAUUUAUGUUCACCUCACGUUUUACGAUCUGUGCAUUCUUAUUUAGAUCUACCAACAAGUUUGUGGUGCAAGAGCCUGCCUGAUUAGAGGGCCUACCUAAUCUAUCUAAUUAAACUAUACAUUAAAAGUUGA